AUGCACUUCUCCACAUUACUAGCUGCCUCUUCGGCAAUCCUCCCAGCUCUGGCUGCCCCAGCCAGACAAGUCUCUCUCAAGGAUGCUGCCAGCGCUGUCCCCGGUGAAUCCUCCCUCUUCACCACCUACCCAGGUCGUCACACUCCUCUAGCUUCCAACUGGACAAGAGUGAUCCCCGCCACAGGAACUGGUGAAGCCGGUUCCGACGACCUCCUCUUCCAAAACCUGCUCUCCGCCGAAUGGGUCAUCUACUCCUUCUACCAAAAGGCCGUCGAGACCUUCAAGCCCGAGGACUUCACUAAGCUCGGCUACAAGAACACCACCUACGAGCGCAUCGUGAACAUCCGUGACAACGAGGCUGGCCACAUCCGUAUCUUCCAAGACCAGAUCUCAGACAACUCUCUCAAGCCCGGUCCCUGCAGCUACGACUAUGGCUUCAACACCAGCGCAGCCGAGUUCCUCGAACUUCAGGUCUACAUUGAAGUCUCCAGCCAAGCCUUCCUGACUGGACUGCAGCUCGAAGCCACGAAGGACAAGUCCAAGAGUGCUCUGAUGGCCAUUGGCCAAACCGAGACCCGUCACAACGUCUGGAGUCUUAUCGAGAACUACCGUGUUAGCCCCUUCGCUGGUCCUGCCGAUACCACAUACCCCUACGCCAACCAGGUUCUCGAGUUGACUCGUUCCUUCAUCCUCGAAUGUCCAUCUGCCAAUCCUGUUUACCCUAGUCCCCGCCAGGCUCUGCCACAAAUUGCUAUCUGGGGUAACGGAACCACCGCCACUCCUGGCUCGGUUAUUCAGCCUCUUUUCUACCAGCCUGAGAACCAGCCUGAGUUCCUGUCUAACACUACCUACUAUGCCGUCUUCUACCACGGUGUUAACACUGUUAGUGUGGAGUAUGACUACAACGUUAACGAGGUCACUAUCCCUAAGGACUUCGAUAUCAACUCUGGAAUCAUUAUCAUGAACAUUGCUAAGGAGAAGGAUGCUCCCACUGCUGAGAGUGUUGUUGCUGGUCCUUUGAUUCUGCUGCAGCAGCCCCAUGUCUUGACUCUGGAGACUCCUGAUGUUGUUACUCUGUAA